CAAACGACGAAACUGCAUUGCCUCAAAGAUCAUUGAUUGCCUGUGACUCCUCUGACUGUUGUUUUGUUGCUCCCAGUAAUAGUAUCACAGCAGCGUGAAAGAUCUCUUUUCAAAUUUAUGGUGGCUUGAAGUUGAGGUAUUUGUAAAUAUUAGCUAAGAACUGGCGAGAUGAAUUGAAAUGGAGAGCACACCAGCAAGCAUUGUAGUUUCAUCAAGGCCAAGAGGGCCGGUGCAUACAGGAGCUUAUUCAUGCAGACUUCACACCCCAGCCCGGAAGCUUGGUCUGGAUACUCCUCGUAGCCACAGGCUUGUUGCUAGUACAAGAAAAUUUGGCAAACAAGGAGAUGAUAGUCUGAAUUUUGAAGGUCUUCUAAAAAAGUCCUGGAAGCUCUUCAGUCUUUCACCAUUGUACAAUUUCAAGCGCGGUGAUGCGGUAUUUAAGAAGUAUUCUCGGUCCCUUGAUGCUGCUUUCUCUCAGAGCAAUCUGAAUCCGGCUGAGAAUAGUCCUGUCCGGAGCUACUUUAGUGUCUACCCAGGUUUAAGCACCCAUGAAAAUGACCCGGAAGCUGUCAGAAUUCAGGUGGUUGAAAAGAACAAGUCUGGAAGUGGGGACACUAUUGUACUCACUGCGGUCCUAAUGUGUGUGGACGUUGACCACAGUCCCGUCUCUGAGGACCUGAGCAGCCAUUUUGUGUACUACCCUGUGGUCCUGAUGUGCGGCAACAAGGGGAGAUCAGAGACUCUUCUCUUAUGGCUUGAAAGGCAUUUUGACUGUCAUGCUGCUCCACUCGGUUUCCAUGACAAUGACAUGCGGUGGAUGCUUGCCAUGUGGAGCAGUCAAGGGCAACCUGCAAAGACUCUUCCUGUACUAAUGCAAUACUCCCUGAAGAACAUCGCUGAGGAUCUGGGCAUCAGCACCAUUGACUGUAAACUUGACUCCAACUUUUGUAAAGAUUUGUGGGAAAGACUUCACGGAGAUGCCUCGUCGAGGGAGGAAAUGGAUGAGUCGCAGGUGAACACGUUUGUCGAAGCACUGGAGAGUCAUCUGGAAUACAUCAUGUCAAUAUACUUCAGUAAAAUGAGUCUAUCAGAAGUUGGGACACCUGUUGCGUAUGUGUCAAACCUUGGCAAAUUAAAGUUGUUGUCGGCGUCUGGAGUUUACUUGGCGCUACAUUUGAUAUGUGAGAUCUCUGUGGAACGCUUCGUAUCCAGUACUUCGUAGUCAAGAAAACAGUCUUCAUCUUCUCCUUACCUAGUUGUACACAUGGCGACAGAGGACACUGUUACACAUGCACUUGUCCCUCAGAGUGCCUCACAGUUGCCUGCCUUAACUCUUUAUCUCCGAGGGGGGUAAACCCACUAUGCCGGGGCCCUUUUUGUGGUGCUAAAUCUAAAAAUAACAAAAACGUCAUUAAAUCGAAAUUAGGAAACCUAUUUUGAUAGUUCUUCAUCUAAUGAAUGAAUUUCUGGUAAAAGAGACAUGUUUUGGGCAUUUUCCACAAAGUAAUUUGAUGUCGAGGUCGUCGUAAAGGGAGCGGCUUUCAGGAGAUAAAGAGUUAAAGCUUGUCUCUAAGAGUCACUAACCAGAAAAGAGUUGUGGUCAGUCUGUUUAGAAAAUGAGCUUGUAAAUCAAUUUUCUGUGCAAAUAUGUCUGUAAUAAUGAAAUUUGAAAUUGUAUAAAUUGUGUAUAUGAAAGUCUUUUUGUUACAAAGUGACUUGCUUCCUAUUUAUUAGUUAAUAAAUAAGCAUUGACCAAGAGUGGA